AUGUUGACUAAGUUGCCACAUUCUGUCCAGACAAAUAUCCAUAUCAUAACACUAUGUCUAUGUUGGUAUUUCAUUAGCUCACUUGCAUCACAAGUUACAAAACAGAUACUGACCAUAUGCCCUCUUCCCUUAUUUUUAGGAGAAUUUCAGUUUCUGUUCACAGCUUUAUUAGCAGCUAUUUCUUGUGCAUUAGCCUUCAAUUAUAGAUGGAUCUAUGAUCUAUUUCCUGAGGGCACAUUUCCUAGGUACUAUGUUACUAUUCAUGAACAUGAAAAUGAAAGGGAUCAAGAAAGAAUAUAUGCUAUUACUAGACCUUCCAAACAUAUUAUAACUACCGUAUUACCGCUCAGUUUUUUUCAAUUUGUUGGUAAAUAUUUUGGCCACACUGCAACAGCAUUAGUACCGGUAUCAACCGUUGCCAGUGUGAAGACAUUGUCACCUGUUUUUAUUGUUAUAUUUCAGAAAAUGCUGAAGAUGCCAACAGUAAAUCUGAAUGUUAGAAUCCUGACAAGUUUGGCCGCAUUGAUUUUUGGUGUGUGGCUAAUUGUGAAUGAAGAUAACAAACAGAAGCUAGCUUCAAAGAAGAAAACACAACUGAUUGAUACUGAAAGUGGUAGAUCAUCAAACUACGGUAUAGUAUGUGCAAUCAUAUCUAUGUUCAUAUUCGUCAUGCAGAAUAUUUAUGGUAAGAAGGUAUUCACUUACAAAAGGAACCAUGAAAAGACAAUGAUUCCAAAGAAAAAGAGCAUAUACAACUUAGGCGAUAAUCCUAGCGAACUACCAAUAUAUUCCGAAAGUAAAACCUUGUCGCCCAAAACAACGAAAUACGAUAAGUUAACAUUAAUGAUUUAUAUAUCUUUGGUUGGCUUUAGCCUGUCAUUUUUCUGGUUUAUGACGAUAGAAUUUUCAACUGUUUGGAGAUAUUUGUGUGGCUACACUACGCAGAGUGAUGGCCAACCGUUGAUAAUUUCAACUAUUCCAUGGACUUUAUUUUUACUUAAUGGUGUAUUCCAUUUCAUGCAAGCAAUGAUCACUUUUCACCUACUAGGAGAAGUAUCAACUUUAACAUACUCAAUUGCCAACUUGAUGAAAAGAAUUGCAAUCAUAUCUGUUAGUUGGUUAUUUGCCGGAAUUCAUGUUACCUUGUUACAAAUAGUAGGCCUUUCCCUUAAUGCAAUUGGUCUUUUCUUAUAUGAAAGAUAUAGCAGCACCCAAAAACAUGCCAAUAAAUAG